AAACCAAACAGACAAGUUCCAGUGCGGUGGUGACAAAGCUUUGAUGACUUUCUCUUUAAUAUAUUCUCUUCAAAACAUUCCCCACUUUUUUUCUUAACAAUCUCUUGUCAAUAGUUCUUUUUUCUCCUUACUCGGCCCAAUUUGGAAUUGGAUUGUGUUAUAUUAUUAUUAUUACAUUACACGCACACACACAGCGACUCUUGGAACUCACUCGGUGGAGUGCGAGGAACAACAGAGGGGACGGUGAGAGAUGGCGGACAAGCCAAGCAGAGCAGUGGUGUUGUACGGAGAUGGGUUAGCCCCUUUGAUCGAUUCAGUCCAUACCCACUUCCAUUCCAUGGCCUCCCUCUCCUCUUGUGGCUUCUUAACCCUCCCUCACUCCCCUCCUUCAGGUUAUAAUCUUCCCUUAUUCUUCAAUUAUCUUUUUUUUUUCCCUGCUUCUAAGUUCCAUCUGAUGCAACAUGUAAUAUUGGAGGAGGUGGAAGAAUAAAGAAGGCAUUUUGUUCUUUAAUGGGAUAUUUUUAUGAAAAUGGAGAAGAUUGAGUGGCCUGCAAAUCUAUCUAACUACAUUAAUGGAGAGUUUCAGUUUAUGUUCAAGAUCGGAUUUUUAUCCUUCUGUGUCAGUAUCUUUUGGAGAUUAAUAUGUUACAGCUCCUAAUUUGAAGAACUAGCGUUUUCUAUGUUUGAUUUACUUUGGGGAUUAGCGUGCAGAAAAUGAUGAGGCAAGAAUGGUUAGAGAGUUUGGCGAGCUACUCGAUGUUAAUGAGGUGAAAUUUGAUUUUACGCUCUUUGUUUCCAAUAUAUUGAUUCAUCCCGUGUAAUGAAAUAAAGGCUUAGUUCUUGUCUUGUGUUAUACUAUUACAAUGGCACAAUCAAAAUCCAAUGUUGCUUGUUUUUGUGUUCAGAAUGUGAAAGACUACACUCAAGCUGAUUCUCAGGUUCCUACAAUAUCUGACAGAUUUAUGGGACUGAAAGCUGCUCUGGUGACCAACAACUCAAAUCUUCAAUGCUUUGGGCGCAAGUGUGGAUUGACCAUCUUGUCCAUGAAUGAGAUUACUGGGAGCAGCCAUCCCUUGGACCAGCCAUUCCUUGGGGCUUCUGGGCUGUUAAAGGUGCUUGGGUUUCAAGAUGGGAAAACUUUAGAUACUAGCCAGUUUGAUUUGAUUCUUGUUCACAUGGGAGCUGGUGAAGGACCAGAUGGACUUGUGGAUAUCAAACAAGUCAAUGACCUGGUUGGUGCAUUAGUUGAUAUGGUAAAACCAGAAACUGAAAUUAGUUCACGAUUGCAUCUUUCUCUCAUAAUGAGUUACGGAGCUGUGCAUGGAGAUGGAAAUUCAAAGUCCUCACUUUCUGUUGUCAAGCUGGAUGAUAAUUCUAAACUCUCGCUGCUUUACCCUCGCCAAAGUUAUACAUUGAAAGCUGGGAAGCUCCGAGAAAAUGUUAGGUGCCACAGUCCGAUGCUAAUUGCUCAAUGGCAGAAUGCUGUGACCCGCAGAGAUUUGGUUGGGACCUUUUCUUUUCUUAAUUUCAAGGAGCAUGGAGGCAACCUUGUGAUACCUGCUGAUAGAUUCAUCCAUGAAGUAGCAUUUAAACUUUGGAAGGCUCCGAAAUAUGGAGCUUGAAGUCUCAGUUUGCCCUGGAUGCCUGAGCUUAGUUUUGAUAGCGAAUAAUAACUGAAAAUGCAAAAAAGAGUCUUCCCUUUAGGGUUCUGUUUUCUCCAGAAGAAAAAUAAAGAAAUUUGGUUGCCGAUCAAUAAAAAAAAGGAUCCAACCUCUUAACGUGUAAUAGAUGGCUUCCAAAACUACAGGGUCAUUAGUAUGUUUCCAAAACCUGUUAUUUUCUGUAAUUUGUCAGUAAAAAUAAUGUAAGCUAUUCUUUUCUCUUUCAGAUGCCUUGUUGUUUUCUACGACAUUGAUGUCUGCAUUGAUCGCUGCGUCUUAUUUAUCAUCUCGUUGUCGAAGGAGUAGCGAUCAGAAGGGAAAUCUUUGUUGAACUUCAUGAUCCAAACACAGCAGAAAGUUGCUUUUCUACGAGUAUAAUACAACAGGUAGUAGAAAGUUGCUUAGCUCAUGGUUCCCGAUUCAAUCAGGCUGAGUAAGACUCCGGAGACCAGCACAAUUGAGAUGAAAAUCCCGCAAUAAAUGAAGAAAUUAUUAUUUACAGUGUCUUUUUUCGAAACAUUUUAAAAGAUGAGGAAAACAUUUAUUUAGCUUGCGCUCAUAAGAAGCACUGGACAAAGCGAAUUCCUCUAUGAAGCAUAAAAAAUUUUCUCUAUAUUAUUGCAAAAUGAGUUAGCUCUCCAAAAUAUGGUUAAAACAGUAAGUAGCCGAAAGAAACCAUCCUAUGAGAAGAAACGAAAAAAAGCACAUCCCAAUUAUAAAAGGCCAUCCCACCAUGAGUACACCUAGGAACGUUACCACCACAAAAGGUAAAAAUGCCCGCAGCACUGAGAAGCCAUCUGCCCAGUGCCCUUUCAAAAAUAUGAGCCCAGCCACACUGAUCAUGUUCCAAUCCAUUGAUCUUCCAUAGCAGACCCGAUUCAGACAACUAGCGACAAAUGAGUGAGAGUUACACGUGAAAAGGUUGUAAGAUUUGUGCUCGAAGGAACGCAUGCUUGAAUGCAGGGCGUCGUCCCAUGUUAAUGCAGUCCCAUACUCAGCAUGUUUGUAGCCAUGCGUACAUGUGUGCGCAGAAAGAUUUGGUGGAAAGCAGCACUGUUCAAGCAAUACAGAUAUUGACACGUUUCAGUAAAGGUUCACUUUCAAUAUCUAAAUUGUCAAUCAAGCCUAUCAAUUUCUGCUAUGAACUAGUAACAUAUCACAGUUAAUCUUCUCACUGAGUCUCCAGUUGUCCAGGCCCGGAAAUAUAUGGAAGACAUUUAUUUUUCAGCUGCAAAGACAUGAUUGAGAGAGUCAUGAAGUAGUACCUGUUCUCUGUCUAACUGAAGGUAUCUGGCUACAGAACCAAAAGCAAAUUCAUCAAUAUUAAUUGAAAAAGAUCCAGAGAAAUCUAGAAUAGCACCAUCCUCCUGGCAUAUGCCAACAUGUCCAAUAAAAGGCGCCAACCACGACACAACAGGAAGCGGUGUCCAGACUAGACAACAGGGGAACUUUGAGUUCUUUGCGUCAAUUGGACUUAGGGGCCAGAAUUCAUGCAACCUUCGACCAGGACUUUUAAGUCCAGCGCUGUAGGGAUCACGUGCUAGCUCCAUCACCGAUGGCCCCCCUAGUGACUCAAAUGUUGUCAUAAAUUAUUGAUCUGUGCAAAUUGUUCACAAUUCAGACAAAUCCCUCGAACAUGCUCAACGUACAGUUCAUGCAUCUGGCACAGAACAAUGCAAUGAAGAACUUUCAUGUCACAUUUUGUUUGGAGGGGGAAAGAAAAUCUAUAGGGAAACACCAAAGGCUUCUGUAUAAAACAAAAUGCUAAUCCUGCUACAUGAUAAAUUUACAUGGAAAAAGAUUACCUAAGGUUUUUUCAUGUGUGAAAAGGUUAAUGGAAACAGACCCAAAAACACAUAAAUUGUCAUGGUCUAUGACUGUCGUCAAAAUGGCCCUCAAGUCUACUGUCGAUACACAAAUGACAAAACUAUACCCUGUCGCAAAUAACAUCUCUCUUAUAGCAAAGAUUAGUGCCACUCAAUUUCUACCACCAAUUAACAAAAGAUAAUCAGAUUUUACGAAAUCAAAUUUAAGGAUGUACAACAUCCACUUUGUUAUGCAAUGUGCACAGAAAGUAAUCAUGUCACAUUUUCCAUUGAGAUCACUUGUUCUGUAACUGGGGAUACAUUAACCUUCAAUACUUCCCACCAGUUUUUGCAGGGAAAAGUAGUACGAAAUCAACCACUCACCCUGCACAGAAUACAAGUUCCAUCCAUUGGUCACUACAAAAGGACCCGUAUUCCCCAAAACCCUAUCAACCGAUUAGAAAAUGAAGUCAAAGCUAUCCAGAAAUAUUGAAAAGAAGAUGUUCAGCACCAUUGUACUUAACAUAUCUAAUCCCUUUACUUUGAUACGUACGUAAAACUCUUUAAAGAUAUUUGUUAUUCUUUCAAAGCCAUACAAAAGAUGAAGUCCACUGGAUAUCUUUUAUUAAUCAUUUACGAUCCUUAUAUAUCGGAUAAAGAAAUGAAGUAGUGUGACUUGAGAACUGCAUCCAAACAUAGCCGCCCAAAUUAACCCAGGCGUAUUUGAUUCAAACAUUAUGGCCCAACUCAAUUUAACACCACAGCAAGUGAGUAAAUAUUCUCAAUAAAUAAGAACAGUUUUCUAAGCAACCAAUCUGUUAAUACAAAUUAAUCAUUGAUCAUCCGCCUUUUUCUUUCCGGUGCCAAUAAAGAGAAUGAAAAUGAACCAGCAAAAUCCAAGACCAAUCAACAAAGAGAUUUACAAAUGAAUAAGUAGAACCCAAGACAAGAAAUCAUGAAGAACAAUAUAUUUUGGCAAAAAAAAAUGUCAUCUUGACAAUAUCUACAAACAAAAACCAAACCCAUUUCAGAAAUCCAUAAGCAGCAUAUUUGAAAGGGACCACCAAAAAAAUAACAGCAAGAAGAACUGGAAUAAUAACAAACCUAGAUGAUCCAAGAUGAACUGGUUCGGAAACCUGGGACAGGAACCGAAACCUUUGACACUUGAUGAUGCAAGUGCAACUGUUGAAGAUAUGAGACAUUAUAUAUGUGCUUCCAAUUAAAUAAGAAAAAAGUGAGAUUAAAAAAGGAAACAACUUCUAGAGCAUGAGCGAUGAAGUUGGUGUGGGAGUGUGUGAUUUCCAACAUUUAAUUAUUAAUAUAGUUGAGGAAACUGAUCAAAUCAAUAAUUUUUGCCGAUUGAAAAAUGAGGGAGAAAAAAAUAAUAAAAGGAAGCAGAAACAUGGCAAGGUUCAUGUAUCUGCUUCAAUGGUGGACCCCC